CACGUCCAUACGGUGGAGAAGUUCGCCGGCAGAAGGCGUCUUUAGCGUCGAGGCGCCCUGUAGCUCCGGCAGAUGAUGCGCGUGCGGGUAAGACGAUGGGGGCGCAGGGGCAGGUUUCUGAAUGUGGUGAUGUUGCAAAAGUAUCCAUCGAGAAUUGCACCGAGGCCGGUCCCUCGCCACUAUUCCAGCUUGUGCCUCCCGUCGGCUGAAUCGGCAUUGGAACCUGACCCUUUUACCUUAUUCCUUCCGCUCAGCUGCUGUCGAUCUGCAUAAUACGCAAGAUGGACACGCAAAUCCCACUCCAGACUUAGCGUCCGAUGUAGGAUGGGCCCUGGCGGGCCACCCACACAGCGCCUACAGGCAAUGGCGACGGCCUGUCAUCCCACGUGUUGGGCGACAUGCUUCCCUCUUCAAGUCACCGAGCCAGCCCCCAAAUACAACGCAGAACGAGAAAAAAAAGCUAGGACUGCCUGCGAUCCGGGGCUAAGCUUAGACCUGGGGCAACUCAAAAGGUGCCGUGAACGCUAUAUAACACGGGCCACCCACCCAGCAACCUACUUCCAAUCUAUAACCAACAUCCCAAAACCCUCACAAUGAAGUUCCUCAACGUCCUCGCUCUCGCUACCGCUGCCGCUGCGGCCAAGCCCACCGUCUACCUCAUCCGCCAUGGCGAGAAGCCUGCUGAUGACAACGAGCACGGCUUGAGCGCUGCUGGUGUGAAGCGUUCCCAGUGCCUGCGCAAUGUCUUCGGCGCCAAGUCCAGCUACAACAUUGGCCACAUCAUGGCUCAGACCCCCCAGGAUGAUGGCAGCCGUGGCCGUCCCCGUGACACCGUCGCUCCCCUUGCUGCUGAUCUCGGUCUGACCACCGAUCUCAGCUGUGACCGCGAUGACGCCGACUGCGUCGCCGAUGUUGUCAAGAACUACACCGGCAAGGGCAACAUCCUCAUCUGCUGGGAGCACAAGAAGCUCAACAACCUUGCCAAGGCCAUUGGUGCCAAGGACCAAGGAAACUACCCUGGCGACCAUUUCGACAUCAUCUGGGUCCAGCCUUCUCCCUACAAGAAGAUCACCGACCAGUACGAGAACUGCCCUGGUCUGGACAACUAAGUUUAGUCGAUGUGUUCAUGAUUCAAUGAUGUAAAAGAAAAUAAAAGGAACGAAAGACGAUGGGGGAAAGUCCCCAUACUCGGUGUAUCAUAGAGUAUAUACAAUUAGUUGUGUUAGAAAAAAAUGCAUACUCUUUCUUGAAUCUUGACAUCCCAGCUC